GGAAACGCAGUGCAGACCUGCAGACCAAGUGUUGGGGUUUCGCAGGAAACGGCUUGGUCCACAGCCUCGUUUCUCGAUCAUGUAGUUACGGGCAUGAUAAAGCAGUAAAAUAGUAACCGUUUCGUUGGUGAAGCAAAGCAGGAUGCUCCGGCAGGCGGGAGGGGCCGGUCCCCAGCGGUUCAGUCGGUUCGCUGUGCAAGCGGCGCAGAGCUACUUCGUGUCAAGGCCUGACUUUAUCAAACUACUUAUGAUGGUUGUCACCGGCCUUCUAGGGUUAAAUAUGAUGGCUACGGCCUGGUGUGAGGGCGACCUGGAAGAGAACACGCUACCGGAGUGGCAUCCCGUUGUGCAGAACUUUCCCUGCAACGGGACCGCGGCCGCCAAGGCCGGGUUCCUGCUGCGGAACGGCGUGUCAGCCUACCCCAUCUUCUUCCUCCUCAAGGAGAGAGACCGCUGGGCCACUCUGCAGCACACGUUUCUCAUCGCCAGGCUGCUCUUUGCGGCCGUGGCGCCAAUCCACGCUUUCUCCGACUACGUGCACAAGUUGCUGAACGCGGUGCAGCGGCUCAUGUGCACGAUGUUCCACCUGGUGCUUUCCUUCCGAGCCCCUGAGGUGGUGCCGUCGCGCUCUGCGCUCUGGUACUUGCGAAUGGCGCCGGUCAUCGACGUCACGUCCACAGGUCUUUUCAAGUUGGGGUUCUGGGGUGAAGCCGUGUACGGCGCAGUGGCUUGCGUCAGCGUGUCAUGGCUGAGCCUGCGCUACGCCGCGCUACACCCCCACCUGGCGGCCCAGGAGGGCAUGCGGCGUCCAGCCGUCCUGGCGCAGCAGAUGGCGUCCACCGUGGUGCUGCUGUUUAUCGAGUCGUGGCGGUUGCGCUAUGAGCGGCAGCGGCGUCGGCUUCUUGAUCAGGGCUCGUCCGCACCGGCAGCGACUGCCGGCGGCGGCGCCCCCCAGGCGCACCUGUCCGUCCUCAACGGCGAGGGCGCUGGGGGCGCAGGCGGUAGCAGCACCGGUGGCGCCGGGAAAGCUACCGGCUCCACGAAAGGCGGAAGCAGCAGCGGGAAAGGCGGCGACGCGGGCGAUUGUUGUGAGGAUGCUUUGUACGGCACGGAUGAAGGAGCGUCGAGCCAGUCGGAAGCAGUGACAGACUCAGACGCCAAGGCCGGCGCGGCACAGCCGGAGGGGGCCGGCGGGCUGCUGCAGCUGCCUGCGGCCGUGCCGGCUGGCCAGCAAGAGCAGCUUGCCGGGAACGGCGGCGGCAAUGCAAUUGGCAGCCACACGGAUACCGGCAUGCCACUGACAACGCCAGCAGCGGUCGGCGCGGCGCGUUCCAGUGACGAGGGUGACGUGUGUGGUGGCGGCUGGCCCAGCAGUGACCAGCUCCUGGGUGCCGGCGGCAGCAGCCCCCUGCUCACGGAGGAGGAGCGCAGCGGCGGACUGAGCGCACAACACCCCCCAGUCAGCAGCCUAGAGGGGUCGGCGGCGGCGCUGACGGCUGCUGCUGGCGGCACCGCGGCUCCGCCCGCUCCUGCCAGCGCGGCCGGGGGUCCCGCGCUGCUGCUGCUGACUGCGCCCUUCGGCCACAGCUACGAAGCGCAUGCGGGCAGCACCGCAACGGUGGCGUCGGCUGCUGCUGCGGCUUUGCACUCUGGUGCUGCCGCCGCCGCUGCUACUGCUGCUGCUGGUGCGGAACCUGAUGCAUCUGCCCGCGUGCUGCUCUCGUCACCGUCGACCCACCAGCCCUCCGCCUGGAGUGCCGAGCCCCGCCGCUUGCAGCCAGUCGCCAGGGCCGCGGCAGCUCCCAGGCCCCCGGCAGCUGUCGGAAGGGCCUUCGGGGCCGGAAGCACUGCCGGACGCAGCCUGCAGCGCACAGCACAGCCGCACGCAGAGCUUAAUCAGGACACUGCGCGGCAGCAGGACGCGGGUCCCGUACAGCGCGCGCCGUACAUCGCCCGUACACGCCUACUCACUGUAUCCAUCAAGAUACGCGGCGUGGAUCCCUCUCAGGUGGCGGCCGGGUACCGCCAACGCAUUGAGCAGGUUUUGGCGGGGUCUCGAGUGCAGUUGGAGGGAGUCUACCUGCGGGCGGGCUGCAUUGAGCUGGUUGUGGAUGUCCGCGCCUGGAGAAACGCCAACGCCAACAUCGGCAGCAGCACGACGCAGGCGACGCUGCAGUCCUGGUCACAAAUGCCACAGCCGAGGGAGGAGGGUGCGGCGCAUGCGGGCCCUGCAUCAUCGAACCAGCCCCCGGCUUCUGCUUCUGUGGACAGCUUACUGCAGCAGCAGCCGCUCUCGGGCGUGGGCCUGGAUUCGUCCGCGGCGCAGCAGGUGGACAUUGGCGCAAUCAUCCGCGCGCUGGGGCUGCCAGAGCGCACGGGCGCGGCGACGGCGGCUGCGGAGGUGCCAGCUGAGGACUGGGACUGGGACUGGGCGGGCGCAGCUGCAGUCGGGAGUGGUGGCUCGGGGCACACGUGCGAGUGGCACGUACAGACGCAGGGCGAAGAUUGCACCGGAGCCGCCGGUGCGGGUGUCGGUGGCGAUCAACGCCCAUGCAGGAGCUCGUGGGGCGACGAGGCGACAGCAUGCCAGCCGCAGCACCAGCCGCAGGAGAGGUCUGGGGCGGCUCUGGCUGAUGACCCAGCCGUCCCGCAGGUGCUGUCAGUGAGCCCGCGAGUAAUCACUGUGAUGACAGCUGAAAGCGUGGAUGUCCGGGACAGGACCAAUAGGGCUGAUGACGUGGCCGCGGCGGCACCGGCAGCAGCGACACGACAGCAGCUGGUGCGCCUGCAGCUGCAUGUGCUGUGGGACUGCAUUGCGUGCGUUGGUGCCGACGGCACGGGUGCCGGUGCCGGGGCCGGUGGCGAUCUACCAGAGGUGCUUGUCCGGUGCAAUGACUCAGUGCUGCCUGCGACCGUGCACUAUUGCGGCAUCCUCGGCACCAGCUGCGCUGACAACCGCCUCGUGACGGAUGGCGCUGCCCCCGGUUCCGGCCUCAUGCCGGCUCCAGCCGACACGGCUGAAUGCGGGCCUGCGUGCGCUAUGGACGCCGAGGCGGAGGCGGUGGUCCCGGUGGUCGAGGACGCAGUGGGGAUGACCGGCGAUGCCGAACCCCGCAUGAUGCGAGACAGCCUCCCGGACUCCGCCUCCGACGCUGUCGCAGCCUGCAGCACGCCUGUCGGCGGCAGUAGCUUCAGCGCGGCUACACCCGCCCGUCCCCUGAGCGGUGCCUUUGACGGCAGUAGCACCGUGGGCGGCCACAGCCUGGUGCACGGCAACAUCAACAGCCGCGGCGCCAGCAGCUAUGGCGGCGCCGGCGGCUCGCCUGGGGCCACUUACGGCGGAGGCCCGGGCUCCGAAAGCGCCUGUGUUGGCUCCGUAGCGGCGCCAGCUGCCGUGGGCUCAGCCCUCGUGCCCACGUCAGCUGAUAGGCCAUUUGACCGCCGGGCGCGCUCGCAGCCACAGCCACAGACGCGCCCGUCCCAGCAGCAGCCACAGGACCUGCAGCUGCUGCCGCCAAUGCUGCACCAGCCGCCGCAGCCUCUUGCCCGCACCGCUGCGGCCCUUGCCGCCCUAGCAGCCUCGACUCCUGUGCCGCAGCCGGUGGUGCUGGAGGUGUGUGUGUCCUUCCUGGAGGCGUGCCUGCCCGACAACCCCGGGCUGCUGCUGGUGGAGGUGCGCGCACCCGGCAAAGUUGCCGGCACCUGCCUGCCGGUGCUGCUUCUAGACGACCACGCCGCCGCAGCAGAGCUGCAGGCAGCUGUGGAGGCCGCCGAGGCCGGCGGAGUCGGGCGCGGCACGGCACAGGAGUGGGAUGACGUGUUUUACGACAUGUCGUACUUCCUGCAGCACACCCAUGCGCUGGCGCUGCCGGCGGCAGCCGCCGCGGCCGGCGCUAGCGAUGGAGAUGGUGGAAGUGGCGGAGGCUGCGGCAGCGAUGGCGAAGAGCAGGAGGAGCAGCAGCAGCGGAUGCUAGUGAGGGAGCUGGGGAUGCACCUCCUGGGGUGGCUUAGAUCCACGCCCACGGGUGCCGUGACCUUGCCGUACUUGUACGACAGGAUCCAGCAGGGCGUGGCGUCGCUGGAUCAAGGAUCCGACAAUGGCGACCUCGGUGCCAUCGUUUUGGGCGCGACCGCGGCAGCUGGGCCCGUGUCGGCGCCGUUGGCCCCCUGGCGUGAGGCCGUGGGUGAUGCCGGGGGUGGUGCCGGGGGUGGCGAGACGCACACGGUCGGCUGCGACACGCCCGAGCCACCACACGUCAUGGCGGCGCCGCGCUUGGGCCACAGGAACCAGCAGCUCCCUCUGCUGCCUUUGGCCGGCGGAAUGGUGCAGGGCGCUGCUGCGGCAAUGCCGCCCCAGCACCAGCAGCACCAGGCGCAUGACGCCCGUGCACCGGUGUCUUGGGCGCCACGUGGCGCAGGGACUGGCGCAGCUGACGCCGACACGCAAGAGGUGCCUUUGUCAGGGGCGGAGCAGGUGGUAGCCGCGCCCGCUGUCGAGUGCCCAGAGCUUGGAAGCGGUGGGCUCGCAGCUGCGGAGGCGGCGGGCGGCUCUCGGCUGCGGAAGCAGCACCUUGUGCCUGACGCCGCCGUGGCGGCUGUGCACGGCGGUGUUUCAGGUGUCGGCGUUGCAGACAGCGGUGGCAGCCGGGCUGCGCGCAUGCAGGUGCUAAGGGGGUGGUGGGCGCUGCAGCCCCUGGUAUGGCAGCUGCCGAUCUGGAGCAACCCGGACGCGGACGGGUUCUGCGCCUUCGUUGCCGGCUAUCGGUUGCAGCUUUCCAAUUUCGCGACCAUCACCGUGAACAUCUCGCUGCUGGUGUUUGGCCUGCGCACCUGGAAGGAAGCGGCCAGCACCUCCGACUUCCUGAUACUCAUGGUCCCGGCGCUUCUCGCUUGCGGCCCAAGCACCCUGCUGGCCAUGCUGCGCCUGGCCCUGAGGCGGCUUGCGCCGGCCCGCGCCGCGCGGUAUUGCGACCACAUCGUCUCGGCGGAGGCUUAUGCCCGCCACGUGGGGCAGAUUACGGCCGGCUUCCUCAUUGGCUGCCUGCACUUCCCGGCCGCGGCGGGCGUGGCCGCACACGAGCUGAGCGCGGGCGCAUUCGUAGGCAACGCCGCGCUGCACAUGGCCCUGACGCUGUCGCCGCCCUGGGUCGGCCUGGUGUUUGUGCUGCUGCGCAUCCCCGUGCAAGGGCUGCUGUGGCUGAGGCUUGAUCCAACUAUGAGUACGCCCUGGGUGGCUGCACGUGCUGUGUACGUCGCCCUCCUCUCCGUCGUUGUGAACGUCGCUUGCAGCACCUACCUGGCCGCGAUCUACACCAGUCGCAUUGGGUGGCGCAAGGCGCGCAAAGCCGAGUAACUAAAUGCGCCCACCUUCUGCGUAUGAGAGGCAACAGCAUUGCCUAAGCUGCGCAACACUGGUAAUCCAGUGGCGUAUUGUAUUCCGUGUCUCUGCCCGGUCAGGCAGUACCGUACUAUUUGAUGCCUAAUGGCGCUUAUGAUCACAUUCUGACGCAUUCAUACAUGUGUUGAGAGCAGUUGGGCGGUACUCGUAACUCGUAAAGUCAGGCUUGCACGGAAGUUUAAGUAGAGGACGUUGUGUAGCUGUUAACGGUAGUAGCAGCAAGCUGUGUAGCUUGAGCAUCAGUGCAUGGAAAGGCCGUGGUGUCUGUUAUGUGGGCGGGCACCUUGUGCGGCUGCCGAGGGUGUGCAUCGUGCACGCAUGCUUAUGUGCUAGCUACGUAACCGCUUAAUCUGAAUGGUGUUUCGCAAGCUGGUCGCGCACCACCUAGCUUUGCUGCCUGUCAAUGGCAAGGCUCAGUGCUGACAUUGCUGCAGGUAGGACUGCUGUGACGCAGACGGCAGACCCCCAGUUUAGGGAGCAUGCGGCCACGUAAGCGGAAGCCAGCAGAAAUGGAAGUUGAGCAGGGGCGUGCAAGCUUCCGCCUGUAUGUACUUCACAUUUCACUCUUGGUGUCGUCUCCCUCGCAUGCUGCGUGCGUCGUGUCAGGGUGUGUUCAUUUGGCGGCUUGGCGCUCUUGCGUGAAUCACUUGCGUAAAAAGGGUCAACGUUCGUUACAUCCUUAACAUCCG